UACAUGUCACAAAUAUUUUUUGAAAAAUUUUUGGUUGUGUAACAUUUUCGGAAAGUUGAAUAAGUUAUGAUAUGCAUAGAAAGUACAAGAAAGGUGACCCACCUAAUAAGAAUACCGAACAUAAACAAACCUUGAAAUGCAUGAAUAAAAGUGAUGAAAAGAGAUCAUCAGCUACAGGAACAAAUGGAAAUUACAUCAGGACUAAAAAUAGGACAUCAAAAGAUAAAGUUGAAAAGAAUAGACACCACAAGCAUAUACCGAAUGAAAAAAGUAGAAAACACGAUAUAUUCGAACAACAAAUUCCGAAGGGUAAGAAAAUAUCCGAAUUAGAAUAUAUAGACUUGAAGGAUAUCAAAUCAAAGGAUAAAUGCAAGAAAACAAAACGUAAGGACCGUGAGAGCGUUUUCACUAACAUUGAGAACUAUCUAAAAAGUUUGAGUGGAACUCCAGAAAUUCAAAAUCGUAGGUCACGGUCCUCAGAACACUACAAUGUUAAAAAUAAAAAUAGACACGCCCUUCGUCGAGAAAAGACCAUUCACGUUGAAAAGGCAAAAGAAAAUUCCACGAAUCUGCAACAGAGGAAAGAAACGUAUAGCCGCCACGAGCAGAAAAACAUACGGCCAAUGAGUGAUAAAAGAUCAAGAAGGCAUGAUAGUGGAGAUAAACAGUUAUUUUACUGUCAUAUUGAAACGAGUAGCCCUUUUCAGCCUAAAGAAAGACAGUUCGAAGCCAUAUCCCAAAAUGCGCACAGCAAGAAACACAGAGUAAGAAACAGUCCUCCAGAUGAUCAGAAAGGUAUUUCCAGUAAAGCUGCGUGCAAAAAAUAUAAAGGGGAUGGCGGUGAAAUCAUUGAUGUAAAAAAUUCUCUCGUACCAGAAAUGGUGAAGGUAAAUGUUCACAAAAGGAAAAAAUCAAAAACAAGCAUCGUAGAUGAAUUUCAAGCAGUGCCAGUCCUUGAAGUUAAAUCUAGCUAUGAGCAUAAGAAACAUAAAAGUCACAAAAAAACUAGUGAAGAUAUGAGAAGCCGAUCAAGACGGAAAAAAUCGUCUAUCGAAAAUAAUAAAGAAAUAUCACAUUCGUCACAAAGUCAGUUCCAAGAAAAAAUAGAGGAUGAUCUCAAAAGUUACUUCAUCAGAAUACAAAAUCUUAUUGACAAAAAACUUGAAACAAUUCUUCAUGCAAAUACAAGUAUAAACAAAGUGAAAGACACUAACGCGGAUGUCACGUGUGAAAAAACAGAAAAUACAAAAUUGAGAAUGGAGAGCAGAAAAAAACCUCGUGACCAGCAGAUGAAGGAAAAGAAGAGUUCUAGUAGAGACAAAUACAAUAAAGAAGAUAUACGUGACACUGAUAAGGGUCAUAGACAGAGAGAUGCGCGAAAUCCAGAGCAAAAACCUCCGAGACAAAAAACAAAAAGUCGACAUCGUGAAUCAUCCACUCAUAAGAUCACUCUUGAAAGUAAGCAAUUUGAGGAAAAUAUCAAUAAUCGCAUUCCCACAGAAUCAAAAAGAAAACGCGAUAGUCCUAUUCGCAGUUCUUCCGGUAAACGUCGUGAUCAUGGACGGAGCUCAUCAAAAACCUCAAAACCCGAAGUACCUCAAAGCCAAAGGGCACCAUUGGCAAGGAACAACUCCCCAAACGACACCAAAAGAGCGAAGCAUUCAUCACCUCCGAAGAAACAUGAAGAAACACGUCAUACAGCUCCAGUUAAACAACAUUCAAUAUCUCAGCAGGGCCACUCUAUGGUGCCAAAAAAUGAAAAACACGAAAAAUCAGAGAGAUCCAAAGAUGAACUGAAAGUAUUGAAGAGAGAAAGAAAAAACAAACCUCGCAUUCCAGCAGUUCCAAUAGAAGAAAGUGAUUUUCCAAAAGCAAGAUGUGAUAAUUUUCGGGUUGAAGGGAUUGAACCACCAAAUUUGGAAAGCGGCAAGGCUUUGAGGGAUAAAAGUCGAAAGUUGGAAUGUAAAACAGUGUCUAUAAUAGGAAUACCUUCUCAGAUGAGAGACUAUACAAAAUAUUCAACUGGUUUGGAAGAAGCACUUGAGAGAAAGAAGAAAACGAAACGAUUCAAGCUAUAUUAUAAAUAUUCAGUCGACGGAACUAACUGCACCCCUUCAAAUAACGUUCAUUCAUCAGGAGAUAAGAGUAUUGUUAGUGAGUGUUGCAAAUUCAUUUCAGAUAAUUCAGAAGAUUACUCAAAAGACACAGUGAAAGAAGCAUUAGAACAUGAACCGACGAAUGAACCUGUGUUAAAGAAAGAUAAUUCAAUCGGUAAAAACCUCGGUAUCCAAACUAUCAAUACUAAUUUGAAGUCCGUUCAACAAAUAACAACUGAAUAUUCCGCAUCUUUGUCUCCAGAAGUGCAAUGCAAAUAUUUCAAAGCUAAAGAUCUAGUCAGCAGUAGUUCCGAGUGUAGUAUGAAAUCAAAGAUGGAAUGUGGUGAUACAACUCGACUCCCUGAAAAACUUUUCGGUAACGAUAAUCCGCCUGAUAUGAAGCCCAGACAAUUUCAUGACUAUGAAUAUUGGGGAAGUGAGACUGGAGCCAAAGGAAAUAACAAUCCGAGAUACUUUCUACCUGAUCCUAUGUUUAGGUACGAUCAUAUUUACAAGAAUAGAAACUAUCAAUCCACAAAUCUAGCAUCUAAAUCUGACAUUCAUUUAUCAUAUAACUCUCUGGUUUCAACUAAGGAUCCAACAAAAACUAGUACGUUCAGUGAUCAAGUAAGUUACAUCGAAUAUUCACGCAGGAAUAAUACGAUAUUUGAUGAAUCGAACAUUUACAACAGUCCUUCAACUUCGAGAAGAAACAACUUAUUCCAAGAGCAAAAAGUUUACAAUCACACCAAGAUGUCUACAGAGGAAUAUGAUGCGAGAAUUGAAGAACUUCUGAACAGAAAAAUUUUCGCUAAACUAGAAAAAAUUCAGUGUGAAGCCCCACAAAGGUUGGACUAUUUUUCGAAGCACUGGUGUUCGCCUGCGAUUUUCUGUACAAAUAUGAGCAAGGAAGAAAUAAAGGAAGAACCUGUUUGCCAAAACCAUAUGGAUUAUUGGAAUGGACUUGUUCAAAAAGUAGACGAGUACUCAAGUACUCCAGUGAUGGCUAUCACCAAUUAUCAUAAAACCUUUGUAAAUAAAGAAGUGUUGGCUAAAUCACAGAAAAAGUAUAAUGAAUGUGGUUCUAGUGUACAAAAGUCAGAUUAUUGGAAAAAAAUCGAUAAAUCCACGUUUUUUUCCCAAGAAAAUUUACUGAACUCACAGGAAAAAUCAACAUUAAGAAAAGAAGAUCCUGUGGAUAUGAUGACUCAAAAAUUCGAAACUUGUGAUGUGGGCACCGAAAUAAACUUAGCUAAAAAAACUGUUGCUGAAGGAAGUUCAACCAUAGAAAUCGGUGUUGAGGUGAAUGAAGAAACAAGUAUCAUAAUGAAAAAAGUUGAUAUGGGAGUGGAUGUGAAGGAAGCUAAUGAUACCGCAGAAGUAGUAGUGAACAAUCCGGAAGUAAUAGCUGCAGAAAUGAGCAAUGUUAUUCAGCCGAAAAAACGAGGUAAAGAAAAAAGUAUCUUGACAAACAAACAAAGUGAACAUGUUAAACCGACACCAAAUCCUACGAAAUACAAAAGACAAGAAAGUGAUAUUGCACAAGAUAAAUCCAAGCCGCCAAUACCUUACAAAGAGAUGAAAUAUGACGGCAAGAUGAAUCAGUUUGAUGAGAAAACAAUUUGGACUGAAAAAAAGACUGAUGUUAGUAAAGUUCCCAUACGAAAGCUAAAAAAUAAUGCUCCUGAUUCAAAGCCAAAGUCUAGCAAAGCACCUAACAAUGUCUGCGACAUUAGUGCUUGUAAAUCAGUUGUUAGAAAAUCUCUCGAUGUUAAUGAUGCUCGAAUUCAAAAUUGUGGAAAACAAUUGCGAACCGAGUCCCGUUACAGCAGUAAAAGAAGUGCUACUGCUCAUACAUUUGUCAGACAAAAACCACAAAUAAAUGAAACCAAAUGGUAUCAUUCAUCAAGUGGGAAAAGCGGUAAGUUCAACAGCUUGAAAAAAUCCCAAUCCGAAAUAAGUUUCAGAAACCUGAACUUGAACACCGAAGAAAGUCAGAUCACCAGUUUGGUGUGUAUGCGCAAGUUUCUGAAUGAUACUAAAGGUGAUGUUAGUUCAAAGUCGAAUGCCCAAUCUUUGGAUCGUUAUUUUGGAAAAUCAAUCAGUAGCGAUGCCCACACCAGCACCUUCUUUCUAACUAAGGACUACAAAACUGCUGACGUGAGUUCAUAUCACAAAAGAAAAAUUUAUGAUGAAAUUAUCAGGAAAAAGAUGAAGAAAAGAGGGAAGGUGCAAAACAAAAGCUUAGCCCCACAGGUGUUCGAAGUGAGAUUUUUAACAGUGGAUAAUUUUCAGAGUAGACCAAGAGAAGAUAUUGUAACUAGGCAAGAUGAUUCCAGUUCGGUUCAGACAUUUGAAUAUCCAUCAAAGAAAAUACCGAUCUUUUCUCCAAUUCCACAAACUCAGCGAUGUUUGUUCCCUGGGGAGACAUUUGAUAAUUACUUGUAUUCUAUUUCGGACCUUAAGAAAAAAAUAAUAGAAACACAAAUUCUUGGUCUAUGUAAAGACAUGAUGGAAAAUCAUCAAAGUCUAUUUGCCGUUCAAAGUAAGUUCAUUGUAGACGAUCACAAGUCUUUGGGUUUCAUCAGGAGUUGUGAAUUUUGUAAAUCCCAACCAAACUUUGUGAAUUUUGUAGAUAGUCUGUGUAAAUCUUUGAUGUCACCUGGCGCUGAAGAUAAUCCAUUCUAUCAUCAGAAAUCUAUGUAUGAUUUCCAGAGAAUAAAUGAUGAUCAUGCUGAUCAGAAAGCUUUAACGGACUCUGAUGAGGAGAUAUACAAUAAUUCCCAAACACGCAGCAAUAAAGAAGAAGAAGUUGAAUUGCAUUCAAGUGAAGGACUUUCUGCAAUCUCGACAGUUAAAAAAACUAUUCUGACUAGUCAUACGAGUUGUCCAGUGCUCAAGUCGCAGAACUCUUUCAAGUACUUGUACCAAUCAGACUCAAGUGGAGUAACUAACGAAAAAGAUGUGUUAAAAAGGAUCGAGCGACCUAUGAAUGCUAUUCUAGGAUUCUCUUUGAGAAGCGACACAUACUUGUAUAAGUAUCCAGAAACCGUUACGAAGUUGUGCCGUGAAAAUGUGAUCGAAUCGCCUAGUUCGGAAGAAAGUGGCUAUGGCAGCACAUCGAAAAACAGCUCGAGUUUCGCGAAUUUCUUCAAAAGACCGAAAAUUGCCGCCUUACUUCAACCACAGAGUGACCUGGUAUUAUGUGACAACAAAUGGGGCUCUCCUGCUGAAUCGUCCACUUACCUGAGAAUGAUGAAAAAAUGCCAGGAGUAUGCUCAGAAAGUGAUAGUACACAGCCAAGUGAACAUUGAUGCUCAUGAAGUUUAUGAAGAAAUACCUCUGCACAUGUUACUUUCUAAAAUGAACAGACCUAACGCGAAGUUGUUCGGAAGUGAACCAUAUUUUGACAAGAAGAAGAUGCAGCAAAGCUAUAGUCAACCAAUCAUGAAGUACGAUUGCCUACCUGAUUUUGAUAAUUUUUCUGAUCUGAAGGCCAAAAACGAAUUGUUCAGUGAUAAUCAGAAGGGCAACAAUGAAAUAUCUUUGAUAUAUGAGAAACCAGAUGAAAUGGUUCGAGAGAAAGAAGGAGAUGUUGAUGCAGUGGAAUAUUCAAAGUCGUUCCGAUGUCUUGCGCUUACACCCUCUUUAGAGACUGUUGUAUCAAUGACAGAUCCAAAUGUGGAUGAGGAAUUCGCUCAGAAAAUACUUAUGUCCGAGUUUGUCAUCAGUAAUAUAAAUUUGUGCGGGAGUUAUAUAACUGUAAUUGAAUCCACUGAUGAUGAAAAUGUGAAAUCGUCGUUAGUUGAAGAAAAUAACAAAACGAAAUAUGAAGCAAUAUUCUGCUAUAAUACUUAUAAUCCAGUUAAAUUGAAGAGAAUGGUAGCCAAAAAGUUCUUCGAGAAUCUCCUGGAAGUAUAUGAAAAAGAAAAUGUUUUCAGCUCAGCACUUAUGGAAAACAACGAUUUUUUUGAAAAUGAUUUGUUGUCUUCAGUAUAUUCCAAUAAGAAGGCUCAGAGACGGUUGAAAGAAAAAAUGCCAAAGUACUCUGUUGGUAAUCGGAUGAUCAGGUUCUUUGCUAAGAAAAUCUUCAAUUCUCAUAGCUCUCGUUAUCACAACACGCUUGAUGAACCUGCUGAGAAAGAAACACAGACUGCCAAAAAAGUUAAUUUUGAAAAUGAAAUAACUGCACAAGUGAAGCAAGCAUUUCAUGACAUGUUCGUGGAUGCGACGGUGGAAGCAAGAAAAAAUCACCGGAAAUUAUCGAACAAUGAUCUGAAAUUGAUAGGAACAUUCGUUUGUAAAUAUAGGAUUGGUUUGUUGUCACAUACCGAGUUGAUAGCUUCACACAUUGGCAGAGGUUUCUUCGAAACGGACUGUCAGUUGAAAGGCGCGGUGAUGUAUUUAAUGAAAAACGUUGACGUUGAUCUUGUAGAGUUCGAGAAAUAUUGUGAAAAAUGUCAUGAAAAUUCAUAAUGUAAUAAUAUACAUGGUCCUUAUGGUAUUGCAUAUUUUAUUUACAUAAAGUGAACAUAGAUAAUUCAGAUUCAGGUAACAACGUUCCAUGGCUUGAAACUUCCAGGCUCAGGUUCUUCCAACUGCAAAAAGAAAGUUUCGUUAAUUUCUCCAAUGAGGAAUAAAAACCUAACUGCAGUAUCUGGGUGUAAUAUUUUCCAUAGAUAUUGCAUGUAGAAAGAGAAUUUAGACAAGUUCACCUCUAUUUUGAGCAAUCACUGAAGAGCAUAGUUAUUUUUGUACUAAUGUGUUAUAUAAAGGCAAACUGAACAGAAAAACGCUCCAGGCCAUGGAGUAGUUAUUUAUUAUCUGAUUUUGAUGAACCAAAAAGCAAAUCGAAUUGAAUUUUAUUUUCCAAUUCAACCCUAUGUCAUUUUUUUAAAUGGUAAGACAUUUUUUUCAAAUUGCUUCUGGUAUUAUAUAUUUUUUCUGAAUUCAGUAUGAUGUAUAACAAGUUCACUUUCGUGUUUUUUAUUAUUGAGCAAUAUUUGUUAGUUUCCUGAAAUAUUUUUGUUUCCUUUUGUGUGUUGGGAACGGGAGCAGAUUGUUUAUCGAAACGUUGAAAGAUUUGUGACAUUUAAUAUUUUUCAUUAUACCUUUAUUAUUUUCUUCAACAAUUUUUUUUUCAAACAAGGUGUCAGUGACUAUCAAUCAAAUGUUUCUCUUAGGUUCCUCAUAGUGAAAUUUCAAGCGCAGUAAGUAUGAAUAUUGAAUACUAAUAUUGUUAUUUACAUAGUGACGCAGAGAAAAAAUCCCAAAAAUCUAGAUAAAUAAAAACAUAUUCUACCUCCUCGAUUGACCUAAAGGCAAUGUUUUUCCUCGUAGUAUUGGAAAAGUAAUUUAAUUUGCUUUUUUGUUCAUCAGAUCAUUAGAAUCGGACAAUAAAUAACAGCGCUUUAUUUGGAUAGAGGUGUUUUUUGACAGUCAGCCUGUAAACAAUAGUUAUUUGUUUUACUAGGCAGAAAAGUACAAGAUUUAAUGCCGCGGCUGGCGUUUCUAGGCGUAAGAGAAGCUAGGAAAUCAGCCAAGGCAUUACAUCUUCUUUUCUGCCAUGUGAAACAUAUAAUUUUUUCUUCAAAUUCUUUCCAAUUUCACGCAAAGUCCAAAUAAUCCAUCAUUUUUUGUUCACCCAGAGUCAUUGUCAAUUUUGGUUACCAAUUUGAUACAAACAACUUGGAACGUUGCAUAGCAACAAAAUUUUCCUGCCUAGGCAGUAGAAGUACACCUGCCUGUUAAGUGUCAUUAAAAAUCCACUUUUAAUGACAUUUGGAGAAAAUAGUAGAUUGUUUUAUUAGGAUCAAAAGUGACACUUUGUUUGACAAGCGAAUUUUGCAUUUGCGAGGCGGAGCGUUUAGCGAAGCCGAGCGGAAGCAAAAUUUGCGAGUCGAUGAAAUGCGUAUUCAAUUUUCUGAGAAAAAUGAGAUUUAAUCAGAUAAAAUUUUUGAAAGAACGAUGAUUCCUCGACAUUUGAAACACUUUGUAUAAUAGUAUAUAUAUAUGGUAAAAUAUGUUCGAAAUGUAUGCAAUGCAACAAAUAUUGACAAAUGUCAAAUAAUCCAUGUGGUGAGAAUAUUCUACCUGCAUUAACAGCAGGUUAGGUUUUCUAGGAUGUUCGAAUUGCAGUUUCAAUAUAAAUACAACCACAGAGUGACAUAUUUGUGUAUGGACCAGGUGCUCUAAUGGCAAAUACCGCGCCAG